AUGGCUGGAACCCCAGCGCCAGGCAUCAGGAGGCGCAGCGAGCCCCCAGCGCCUCGCCCUGGCCCGCCGCCUGGCACCGGGCACCCUCCGAGCAAGCGGGCCCGGGGCUUCCCCGCAACCACCGCCCCAGACCCCGACGACCCGUUCGGCGCGCACGGGGACUUCACCGCCGACGACCUGGAGGAGCUUGACAUCCUCGCGUCACAGGCCCUGAGCCAAUGCCAGCCCGAGGCUCGGGACGUGUCUAGUAUUCAUAAGGUCCACAGAUUAGAUGGGAUAUCAAAAAAUCCUGCAGGGAAAAACAGAGAAAGUGUUCCAGUUAAAGAUAAUUUUGAAUUAGAAGUACUUCAGGCACAAUACAAAGAACUUAAAGAAAAGCUGAAAGCAAUGGAAGAAGACAUCCUCAUUAAGAAUGGAGAAAUUAAAAUUUUGCGAGACUCACUACACCAGACAGAAGUCAUUCUAGAGGAGCAGAGAAGAUCACAUUUUCUUCUUGAGCAAGAGAAAACCCAAGCACUCAGUGACAAAGAAAAGGAGUUCUUCAAAAAGCUUCAGUCAUUGCAGUCUGAACUCCAGUUUAAAGAUGCAGAGAUGAAUGAAUUAAAGUCAAAGCUUCAGAGAAGUGAACGAGCAAAUCAACUGGCUGCUCCCUCUGUUUCCCAUGUCAGUCCUAGGAAAAGCCCUUCUGUGGUUAUAAAGCCAGAAGCAUGUUCUCCACAAUUUGGAAAAACAUCUUUUCCUACAAAGGAGUCUUUUAGUGCUAACACGUCCCUUCCCCACCCCUGCCAGACAGAGCCAGGAUGCAAGCCUCCGCUAGGCAAAGAGGAUAAUAAGACCCACAGUCUGAGAGGUCCCACAAAGCAAGAAGAGGCCCAGAAAAGCUUUACUGACAGCUGGAGGCAGAGAUCAAACACUCAAGGCUCUAUUUUGAUAAACCUGCUCCUGAAGCAGCCUUUGAUCACAGGGUCAUCUCUAAGUCUUUGCCACCUCCUGAGCAGUUGCUCUGAAUCUCCCACUGGCACCCUCUUGCAGCCACCAGGGUUUGGCAGUUCCUUGACUGGGAUUUUAGGCCUCAGGACCACAGGUUCACAUGAUGGGUCGUUUUCCCUCUCAGCCCUAAGAGAAGCACAGAACCUGGCAUUCACUGGACUGAAUCUAGUUGCCAGGAAUGAAGGCUCCUGUGAUGGAGAUGCAGCAGAGGAGGGCAGAAGGGCCUUCCCGCUCUGUCAACUUCCUGGAGCUGUGCAUUUCCUCCCCCUUGUUCAGUUCUUCAUCGGCUUACACUGCCAGGCUCUGCAGGAUUUGGCAGCAGCUAAAAGAAGUGGAGCACCUGGGGACUCACCAACACAUUCCUCUUGCGUAAGCGCUGGGGUAGAGCCCAGCCCAGAGGAUUCAAUCUGCAACCUGGAAGGGUUCUCUGUGACUUCACUUAAGAUUCUUCAGCACCUGGUGUGCCACAGUGGAGCAGUCGUCUGCCUAUUACUGUCAGGAGCGGGGGCAGAUUCUGCUGCUGGGGAAGGAAACCUGGUUCACAAACAUAGUCAUGGAGCUAUGACUUCAGCCCCAAAGGAAGUUGCUAAUGACCAAGGACAGCAUCCAUUGUUGAAGAUGCUUCUUCACCUGUUGGCUUUCUCUUCUGCAGCAACAGGUCAACUUCAAGCCAGUGUUCUGAACCAGUGCCUUAAGGUUUUGGUAAAAUUAGCUGAAAACACUUCCUUUGAUUUAUUGCCCAGGUUCCAGUGUGUGUUCCAGGUGCUGCCACAGUGCCUCAGCCCAGAGACAUCCCUGCACAGUGUGCUGCUAGCUGUUGAGCUCCUCUCCCUCCUGGUGGAUCACGACAAGCUCUCACCUCAGCUCUGUUCCCACUCAGAAGGCUGCCUCCUCCUGCUGCUGUACACGUACAUCACAUCACGGCCUGACAAAGUGGCCUCGGAGACACAGUGGCUUCGGCUGGAGCAAGAGGCGGUGUGGCUCCUGGCCAAGCUUGGCAUGCAGAGCCCCUCGCCCCCAGUCACUGGCUCCGACUGCCAGUGCAAUGUGGAGGUAGUCAGAGCUCUCACGGUGAUGCUGCACAGACAGUGGCUGACUGUGCGGAGGGCAGGGGGGCCCCCAAGGACUGACCAGCAGAAACGGACAGUGCGGUGUCUACGGGAUACGGUGCUGCUGCUGCACAGCCUGUCCCAGAAGGACAAGCUCUUCACUGUGCACUGCGUGGAGGUCCUGCAUCAGUAUGACCAGGUGAUGCCAGGGGUCAGCCUGCUGAUUCGAGGGCUUCCUGACGUGACAGACUGUGAAGAGGCAGCCCUGGAUGACCUCUGUGCUGCCGAGACCGAUGUGGACGACUCUGAGAUGGACUGUGGCUGAGGUUCGCAAGCAUCCAGCCACAUGGUGGCUCCAGCACAACUACCUCCCUCACCUCAUCGACUGAUUAAAUCAAUGACUGGCAGUCCCUGCCGAGAACUCCA